AGAAAGGUAUUGUAAAAAUUGACAGUCUUUUUUUUAGUUGUAUUGACAUUUCUGGCCACCCAAAUUUUAUAGAGUUAGAUAAAUUUAUAAGUGUAAGUUAAAUUUACAAGAUCAAAAUGCCGACCGAAUUGCCCGUUGAUAUGUUAAAUAAUCCUUUGCCGGAGGUUGUUUUUAGACGAAAUAAUAAUGCUUUAUUUAAGAAACUAGCGCGAAAGACUCACUUCAAUGUGAGAGAAGUAGAAGCGUUAGCUGUUAUACACAGAAAAAUAACACAAACUUUGGGUCCUAUGACAAGAUUGGUGUUUAGAGAUGUUUUGCACUCUGGUUUGGAUUUUACAGAAAAUAUUCGACAUCUAUAUAUUGACAGAAUUUUUUCUGCAUUUGACAGAAAAAACCUUCUGCAAAUUCCUGUAGAACAAUGGAUUGAAGGGCUCUCUGUACUUCUUCGUGGCAAUCUGAAUGAAAGGAUACAUUUUGCUUUUAGCAUAUAUGAUUUUAUGCACACCAAUAAACUAAAGAAGGAGCAAGUAUUUCCUUCGAUGCGAGGUUGCUUGAUCAAAUUGCAAAUGGACGAAGAUCCCGAUGAAGCCGUAAAGGACUUGAUUGAUUCACUGUUGAAAAAGCUUGAUGUCGAUCGCGACGGUGUAAUAUCCGAGGAAGAAUUUCACAGAGCCAUAAAAGAGAGAAAUCUACUGCUGCUGGAAUGUAUGGGACCGGUGUUUCCGUCUAGAGUAGCGCGGCAAACAUUUCUGAGCACAUUCACGAAUCGGCUAGGACGAUUCUGAUCCGUACGUUUUACGAAACGUGUUAUAUAUUUGUAUAAUUGUGCACUUGGCAGCAUUGAUCCUGGUUUUUUUUGUUGAAGCUGUAACGAUAGUCUUAUAUAAUAAACAUAGCCGUUUGAAUUAUAUUGUCAGAAACUCGGAAACCGGAAAAGUGCAUUCUUGAUGCAGCGGGCAGGCAAACGCAUCAAAUCAGACAGAAAAAUCCCUCCUGAACGUGUGACGCUUCAAUAAAUUUUCGAGACCGUCGACGCAACGUACAGCUUUUACGAUUCACCGAACGACGGCAAUUGACUCGUUCGUUUUCUUCGCAAACAAUCGCUAAUGGACCGCGAUAAUACCGCAUCCUAAUCGCAUCAGGCCGCAUCCGCGAUACGAUCGUCAGCGGGCGAACUGAAUCGAUCACUUGAUGAGCCUCUCGCGAGAUCGUCAUAAAUCUUAUUACUAUGAUCAGCACGAAUAGAUGAUCGAUUCAUAUAUCCGUAUGCUAUUUACCGCGAUGCGUCGAUCAAUGAUCACGGCUGUGAUUCGCAAUCUGUUAUUAGUUGUAUAAAACAUUACCGGGAUAAGAGAUGAUGCGAUCCGAUGCGCGAAAAGGGGAAAGAGAAAGGGAUCUCCCGAAGGAUCUUCUAUCGCGCGGAUCGCAUGCCGGUCCACCUGCUCCGCGAUCGCCCGAUUAAUAGAGACCGCGCUCGUGAGAUACGGAACAAAUAUAGACCUUACUUGCGAGCGAGAGACGGGGCCGCAACCCCACCGCCGCGAAUCGCGGUCGUACGCGCGUUACGAGGAAGAAAAGAAAAAUAUAAUGAAUGUUUGAGGGAUCCUGCGGACGGACGAAUGGCCCGAUCCGCGUCUCAAGCAGCUACAACAACAAAUUAAACGAGAAAGUCUCGAGGCUUUCGUCGGCUCCGUUGCCGACGUCUCUCGUUGCCUAUGGUCCCGGCUACAAUGCGUGGGCGUAGGGUAUACAGUACCGAGGUGUAUGGGCAACGCGUAUUUCUUCCCCGGCGAUGGUGAGGGAGGGGGGAGAGGGGGGGCGAGCUUGGAACGAUAUUGUGUAAAGAGUAUAAUAACGUGCGUAUGAAAGGCCAGAUCCUUUGUGGGUAGCCGACCGUGUCCUGAAAGGAUCUUCCAGGAUUUACUUGUGGGGGUGGCGGGGAACAACGGGAGGGGAGAGACCCCAUCGAGGGUUUGGGGCACCAGCUGAGAAAACAUGCCCGCGGCGUGUCGACGAGAUGUUCAUGAACGCUCGCGCGCGCGCGCGCGCGCGUGUGCUCGUCUCGACGAAAAGGGGCGGAUUGCAUGGCGAACCGAUCUGAUCUGAUUUUUGGGAGCGAUCGUCCCUCAAAUUCCUCCUUUAAAAGGAGCACGGUUGGAAUAGAGCGCGGGUUUAUUUCGCGUUUCGGGAAGCAAAGGCGCCGCUGUCUCGGCCAACUCAUUAUGUUUGGUUACUGACAGAGAUUAUAGCCGCUAUAUAUCGGCAUAUAAUCCGACAUACGCCCCGAGGGGGAACAAACACGAUUGUGCGCCGGCUGACAUUCGUGCGCUCGGCUCGAAUAGGAAACGAAUAAAUUAUAAUCAGAGCCGCGGCGCGGUCGCGCAAAGACCGAUGAUGAUUGCGAGGCCGGUAGCGCCGGGAAAUUAAGUCCGUUUGUAUCGCGGCUCCCGGCGAGUAUCUCCCGCUACUCUCGAGCGACAGAUUUUAUUAAGGAUGAAAUAUCUUUAGCGGGAGCUGUCGCACAAAAAACUUCAAUCAGACGUAAUAAUAAUAAUAACGUUGCUGCGUGCAUAAAAACGAUGAACGGCGGACGGGCGACGACAAUAUCGCGGACAAGCCGUUUUUCUUGCUCGCGAAUGUUUCCCACCCUCGUGGUUGAGUCCUCUCUCUCUACCUUUGACGGAGCUGAAAUUACAGCGGUAGAGUAUGUUACUACGUAAUCUAGCCACCGACAGCAGAGAAUAAGCCGCAGAAGCGGAUCCGCGAACGGCGGAAGCAAGCGGCGUGCGCAGCGCGGGCUCUGAAAUACGAAACAUAAAUUAUAAUCAGCCCAAGGAUCAGGGGCGCGGGAUAGCCGUGAUUACACCGGGGGAACGUGAUGAGACUCCGGGCGAUUCGAUUUGCGCGGCCCACGCCCACGCAUCAAAGGGACCGACCGCGGGCACCACGAAAAUGCCCCGUGAGUCUCUUUCUCUCGCUCUCUCUCUCUCUCUCUCGCCAGCGAUAAAUCCACGCGGGAGACUCUCGCUUGUCGACCGCGCUAAAAGCCAGCGCGACAGCCGAAUAUUCAUGCGAGCUAAGGGGAAAGAAAAUUCUCGAGGGGGAAAAUAAAGUUCGAUAGCCCCCGAACUUAAAAAAAAAAAAAACCCCGUAAAAGUGUUACCGUUUGUCCCUGCAACUUGACUUUUCGCAUUAAUCGAAAUGUAUUGGGUACCGCCGGGAUUUAAAAGGAACAGUUAUUUAACUUUACCGCAGAUGCAACCCGAUACGAAUUUACGCAGACCCGCCGGCAAGUUUAAUUCCCAUUCCCAUUUUAUUUGCAAACAAUGCAGCGCUGUAAUGUCCCAACUGAAACCCGAACACAUUGUGUCGAAGGUGCACGACGAUCGCAAACGAUUGAAAUUUACUACAGCGAGCCCCCCCGUGUAUCCCACGUAUGUGCGCGCAACCGAUUUCGCGAAACCGAUAAAUUUAAUUAAAGCACGUGCCAAUAACUCGGGAUGGUGGUACGCGCUCGCGCGUGUGCCCGAUGGAGGUGAACGCAAGGAGGUGAAUCGAGAGGAAACGGGCGCGCUCGAUUGUACACGCGGUCGCUUUCCGAAUUGCGUCCAUAAAUAACAACGACGUCGGCGUUAUGCGGUCUAGCGCGGGGCCGUUUGCUUGAGCAAUGUUUCGUGCGCGGAAUGUUCAAUGAACCAUGCAGAUGCCGUAGCUAUGUGUGCGCGCGCGCGCGCGCGCGCGUGUGUGUGUGUGUGUGUGUGUGUGUGUGUGGCGCACCACGUGUCGUCCGGUUACGAGAAACUGGGAACCACGGCAUGAGGUCAUCCCUGCGAACACGACACCGCGUCUUGUCGGAACAGCGGGAUCUGCCUUGACAUGGGUACUGGACGAAUGGAGUUUUGAAGAUUCCGCUAACGAAUUCGGCGAUUUAUUUGUUUUCUUAGGCGUUCAACUGCCUACGGCGCAGAGCAGCGGAAGCUUGAAUAUUAUGUAUCGCUUAGGAAUUUGUAGACAUCUCGGUGCGCGGUAUUACCCGAGAGGUAUCUCGCCGUCCGUCUCGUAAAAAUAAUUCUCCAGGGCCAUGAGGCCAAUUUCCUGGGAGACGGUCUCCAGUAGAGAGAGAGAGUAUAUACCUCGUAUCGCGGUCAUGCCAUAAUUAAUCCAAUUCUCAUUCGACCGGCGCGGUUGGCCCCGCGAAAUUUCCUUUCCGUCGAGGUGGUUAGUUCGGCUUAGCAAGCCGAGCGAAGGAACGUCAGCGGGCAGCGAUAGGGAUCUUUGAAAGGCACGGCGGGUAACGCCCGCGUCGUGCCACGCGACUAGACAGAUUUCGGGGAGGGAAGAAAGCAGACGUCCGUCUUUUACACGUGAAUCGAGCGUGACGCGUACGCGCCUUGACGGACGGCCAUAUUAAAUCAACUUGCCCGGCUCUUCCACUCGUUUGUUUCUCCUUUCAAGCCGGAUUCAAUUUUCUCCACGGCGCCUUGCAAAUCGAGGGGAUAUAACCGCGCGGCCAAAACUUACAAAUACGAUGCCCAGUUUUACGAGAACGGACCAGUGGUUGCCAUCCGUCGCAUCAUCGUCUGCAUGACAAUGUACAACACCCGCCGGUCGCAUUUUUAUUUCGUUUUCUAUUAGCUGCCGCGUUCAUUCCGCGAGUUGUCUUUUAUUUACUUAAGCAGAUCAAAUUUCGCGAGAGGUGUGUCCCUUAUUAGUACUUUUAAUUAAAGGAUUCUUGAGAAAUUUAUUCUGAAUUUAAGAGCGUGGGAACAAACAGUAUUCUUAAAUCUCGCAGGAUUUACAGCGAUGUACGGCGUAAAAUACACCGUGCUUAUUUGCCCGACGAGCCCAGCUUGAUUACCUUCAACAGAUAGCGACCCAAUUAAUGAUCGUAAAAGAGGGAGAAGGUAAUAUUGAUAGAGAGGGGGGGCCCUAACGUUUCUCCUUCUUGGCGACGGACUAAGAUCCGGACAGGUUGUAAGAUAAUAGCGGUGCGCAGGGGCCGAGGAGAUCACGGGAUCGUCAUAAACUAUCUUAAGGUGUCGAGUUUGUCACGGUCAUGCGAGACCGAGUUUUCAAAACAGGAUUAGGCGUUCACCAAAUCUCAAGAGCGAUGUACAUCAUUUCUCUCCCUCUCCUCUCUCCCGCGUGGUCUUGCAAAACGUGUGUGCGUCGUCGGUUUUUUUUUUUCUUUUAGUGACGUUUAAGCGAGGUUCCUUUUUCUCUCACGUCUUCGGACUCGCCGGGGAUUAUUCACAUCCGGUCAUCUCUACUGAAAUUUUUUUUUUCCCCCCCUAGACCGAUCUCACAUCCUCAUAGGAACGCUAAGAGCUAUCGAGUGGUUUAUUGAUCUAUCCCGUAAGCGUUUCAUUCAGUCGAGCGGUUCAAUGGCUUCUGCCUAUUGUUCGCCUUUCUCCCGGUUGGCCGCUUUUUUGAUCUGAUUUGUUCGGACGAGACUCUCUUCUUUUUUUUGUACUUCCUCUCACGAUCCCCACCCGCAAAAUAAAAUUCGUAAUGAUUUUAACGCGCGUCUUACUUGCGACGGCUCGCUACUAAUCUGGAAAAGUCUAGCAGAAAUUUCUAAGCACGGCAUAAAUGCUAUACUUAAAGGUAUUAAAGGUCAUGAUAUCAGGUGUCAUAAAACAAUAAAAAUAUGUGUUGCGGUAAUUAUUGCACAAUUGCGAACUACGAAGGAGGAACUACGGUUGCUGGCUCGUAUCGAUUUGUUUUCCGUCAUUUCUUUCGACAUAAUCCGAUGCUCGCAGGACGCUCCAUUAUCCUGCGAGGAUACACGUGGGGAAAGCGAUGGUCCGUCACGAAGUAGGUCGACCGUCUGGCCACAGAGCUUAGUACAUGCAGGAUUAGCAUAAUCAAGCGGUGGGGAAACACACUUUGACUUACGGACGAAAAUCCGAGGAAUCCUCUUACGUCAUGCCCCUCACAAUUUUGUUGGCUUCGCUUGUUUUAGUGACGACCUAAUAUAAUCUCUUGUAAUCUGUUACUAAUAUAAUAAUACAGUAUAUGAUCUUCUGAACAGUUUCUUCAAGAUAUAUCCCGUGCCCACCGCAAGUGUAUUUCACGCGGUAUUUCAGCAGUUGAUGCGAAAUUCUGAGUUUCUCCACUCGACUCGGACGUCGGGUCGUCGGAUUAUACUCGUUUCUUUUUCCCUGCCGUUGGCGCGGAAAGCCGCUGCAUAUUUCGCGGAAGCGAAAGGAAAAACCUCUAAUUAUCCUCGCGGGAGCACGCGCUCAAGUGCCGGUACGGCCCACCUGUAUUUUCGCCACCGCGAACGCCCUCCGCGCCUUCGCCGCGCGAUAAAAUACGGCUGGAAACCCGAGUUUAUUUAUCAAGUUGACGUGCGCCAUCCCUCACGCUAAAUACCAGAAGUGCGUUCAUUAUUCCCGCUGCGCGCCGGCUAUCUCGCCGGAUCCGGGAUGAAGCCGUGCGGUGGCAUACUGUGCGCGAGCGGGGAGCGAUAAUUACGCUCUAGCCGGGCCGAGGGGGAUCCCCGCUCGAUCUAGAACGAGCGCUCGGAGCGCUCGCGCGAUAAUGGCCAGCUCUCGCGAUGUUAACUUCGCCGGGGAUUAUUUCCUGCCACUCCCGCCUUGCCCGUUCUGUUGAAAACGAAGUUACGUAAAUUGCCCGACGUCUUGUUCGUUCGCUCGUCCGUUCACACGGCCAAGUCGGAGCCGAUCACAUCGCGCGGGGAUGACACUUUGUAAUUAGAUGUUUUUCGAAGUAGCACCUUGGCGAAAGUAGAACCUCAUACAUCAUGCCAUAAAGGAAUUGACGGCUUCAAAGAUUAAACGAGGAUCGUUUGAAACCGCCUGCUUUGUUCGCGAGUGCAAUGUACGCGGUAUACGUCGGCAAAUAAAAAUUUACGGGGAAAGAAACCGAUGCCUGUUCUCUUUUAUAUCCUCUGCAAAAACGCGGAAAGAACAGUUUUAUUAAUAAAUGAUUUUUUAAUUUAGCCAUUAAAUAAAAUUUUGAUAUGCUUCGUUGAUCUAAUAAGAUUAUUUUCAAGUCAACAUUUAUACAGCUAAAUUUUUAACUAUAGUAUUUUAGCAAAACCGUCCUUUCCGCGUCCACUUUCUCUACGGGUCUUUUGAAUUGGCACACAAACCGAAAUUGCGAAAGUAUGCCGGAUCCCAGCCUAAUCCCUGUACUCGGAACUUACAGUCACGAGCUAUUUAUAGAUCCGUCGCGUCGUGUACUGACGGAGUUCCAUUUCGCUCACUCCUUCCUCGGCACUUUCUCACGAGAGAGUCUAAUUGGCCUGACCCGCAGCUGACCAUAACGCAGAUGCAACCGUUGCGAUCCACGCAGAGACGGUGGACGACGGGGACAAUCGUAGGAGAGCAUAAUUUUUCAUCUUAAUGACGGAUGACCACCGGUUGUGCGGCCUGCUCCUCCUCCUCUUCGUCGCCGCUGUCAUCAUCAUCAUCGUCGUCGUCGUCGUCCUCGUCGUCGUCGCUGAAUGCACAUGGCACCCUUUGAAUUCUUCUUCCUGUAAUGGUCACACCUCCUUGGUGCCUCUCUCUUUGACGACGCACGUUGAGAGUGCUAAUGAUGCGAGCGAUUUGCAUAUCAAUCGCGAUUGACCAAUCCUCGCGCGCGCGGUUAUAACCCGUGGCGGUUAUCGGUGUCGUCGGGUUGUAAAAAAUAACUCUUCUCCUCGCGCGCCCGCUCCGGAACGUUGUUGAAUUUACCGCACGUGAAAUUGAGCGUCGCCGCUUAAUUAUUAUUCGUUCGAGAGGUCUUUCCGAAUACAACGAGUACACCGCGAUUAAAGAUCACCGGCGAUACAGGCGGACGAUUCUUAAUUGGAAUACAAAUUAUACGAGUAUUUCUCGCGGGUGACUUAUUUAAAUUCCGAUAAGCUGCGUGACGGAUGGUACACGUCGAAGAAGAAAACAAAUUUUGCUUCAAGCUCGAUGAGAGCCUGGUCCACACGAGAGACGUCUCGCCGGAAACGUAUUUCACCGGCUCGAUUAAGGUUUAAUUAUGCAUGUAAACGAUAUUCCUGAAUAUUGUUCCGAGGAUUAUGCUGUAAUAAAAUCUUGGACCAUUAGAAUACCGUUUCUUUUCAGACUCGUUAAAGUGACGCGGGAAGUUUCUCCCCGGACAAAUCUCCACCUUUUGCGGGAUAUAUAUCAUUUGCUCCAAUCUCGACACCACUAGUAGACAUUAUGUCGGGUUGUCGUUCAUUUUCGCCGACUAACGCGACAGAUGUCUGAUCGUUAAUAAAGUAUAUUAUGCGAGUGUCAUCGCGCGUUUUCGAAACUAGAUUUCGGCGUAUUCUCCAAGUUCGAGCCCCCCGGACGUCACAAUGCGCGACAUCGCUCGCAGAUAUUUCCAUUGUCACCGUCGACGUUUUCCGACGGCGUCAAAGAAGUGACGCGUGAAAUCCGAGAUCCUCUGGAACUGAUUCCAGAAGUCGAAAACAGCUUAGUAAGUGCGACGAUAUUCGAAGGAUAUUUUGAAAACAUUUUCCUCGACGAGUCAUCCGAUAUGACGUUUCGAAAAAGUUUUCAAUUUUUUUCCACGUUCGAUGCGUCGCCGCUUUCAGAACGAAAAAAAAAACUUUGUCUGAGGUAUCGCACGAUAUCCAGGGAGAUAUAAUAAUAUAAUGGAUGAUGUAUGCGAAACGGCGCGCAACGUCGCUUCAUCGCUUCAUCGGAAAUCACCGUGAAGGAGGCGCGGCGCGGCGGCGUGCUUGAAUUGACGUUGGUUUUGUAUUAACUUCUGACCUCCUCGGAACCCCGGAGCCGUCGGCACGGAAAUGAUCGAUAAUUAUUAUUACUUACGCCAAGAGUAUACACGUUGCCGGAUAUCGGAGCCAUCGGCGCGGGGAGGGGAGAUAUCAUUAGGGGGUCGAUUAAGCCGCGUCGGAGGAGACGGGGGAGGGGGAGGGGGAGAAAUUCGCGUAUUCGCGGCGAGUAGGGUACGGCCCGCCGUUCCUCCGAGCGAUUCUUCGCAUCGUGCGAAUUACUUGAUUACAGCGGCCGGAUAAGUCGAGCGGACCCAUCGAGGGCUCGUUAUUUAGCGCGGCAUCAUUGUGACGAGUUCGCGCUGCCGGUAGUUAUUGGAAAUUAUGCGCGUUUCAAUUUCACUCGGGGAUCACGAUGGAUCGCCGAUAGGCUCGUACUUAGCGACGGAUAUUCCGUGCGCGCGCCUGUGGUAUCUUGACCGGCGCUUUUUAUCUCCGGACGGUUCGGUAACAGAAUAUUCCCUUGCGCGGGGAGAGAACGACGGGGUUUUGCAUAUAUUACUUUUCAUUAUCCAAUCAAUUUUUAGGGGAUAAGUAUCGAAGGGCCGGGAUUGUCUGCUUUUGUUUAACGAUACGAUACGCUUAAACGAGGGAACCCGGCGUUGGUCCUGAAUAAUGCAUGAUAUUUGUUAUAAAGUAAUAAUAAUAACGAUGAUGAUGAUAAGAGAAUAAUAAUAAUAACUUUGUUAAAUGCAACAGAGGCUAAAGGAAGUAUAUAACAGCAUUAAAUAAAAUGGAAGAAAAUACAUCAAAUUCGUAACGCGGUAUACAUUAACUUGUAUAUAUAUAUAUAUAUAUAUAUGUUACAUUCAUUUAAAAAUUAUUUAAAACAUGAGGUUUUGAUGGAAAAAAAAUUUAUGCACUUUCAAGGUUCGCACUGAACGAACACCGCGCAUUAUAGUCACGAUAAAGCAAUUGAAGUACUUAUAAUGGCAGUGGAGCGUAACUCGCGUAAUCGCCUCGCUUCUUAACAUACAUUCGCAAAUCGAAUGUGCGCGCGCCUUAUAUAAUCCGCAUAACGUGGAACACGAUAAUCCGCUUUUAGACCUGUUCCAGCGGCGGCUGCUGGAGGCUCCCACCCGACUUUCUUAUCCCGCCGCGAAGCAAUCGGCGUGUAUCGUGUGCAUGUACCUACAUCGCGCCCAUUCACGCGGAGCGUCGAAUUUUUCGUCUGCCGGGAGAGGAGCAGGAUGCGGUUUCCCGGGAUUGCAGUCGGCUGCAAUUACUUGCAGCUUGCCCGGUAAGCCGAGGCGGGACGACCUCCGACCCUUGGGCAAUGUCUGCUGCCAUGGAGGCUGCCGGUGAUCACGUACUCUAUCGUGCCGAACACCGAGCGACCGUGAGAGGGAAAGAGAGAGCAUCCUGGCGUGCGUGCUUCGCGACGGGGUGGGAGGAAUGUGUAAUUUUCUCGUAAGCUCGAAAAUAAUCGGGGCCGGGGAAUUGAUACGGCAUUCCACGGCGCCUACAGGCGAUACGAAUGGGCACGCGAGUUGCCCUUCGAGCAGAUGCUGCGUUUCACUUUGACUUGCUCCGGUUCGCUUCGCGGGUUUCAAUUUUAAUCGAAUUAGAGAAAGGUCUGUUAGAAGGUCUAUUUAAUCUAAUAUUAUAAUUCACUGUAAAGUCUGUUAUAAAAUAUAAAAUAUACAGCCACUUAUUACGUUUUAUACAAUAACUUAAUAAUCAUAUAUUAUAUUACUUUGCAUAGCUAGAAAUGUGUGCACAAAAAAAUUGAAUAAGAAAAAAACAUUCAAGUGUGAUAAUAUCCUCAAGUUUGAACAAACAGAAUGACUAAGUAUGUUUCAAGAUACACUUUUAAAUGUUAAAGGCGUAGUCAUAAUAUUUACACGGUCCACUUUCUCUAAUAAAUGAUAAAUCACGAAACAAUAAAUUAAUUUGAUCAAAAGUCGAUUUGAAAUUUCUAAUUUUAAAAUUUAUGUCGCUGUUGACGAGGAACGAAGAACUACUGUGCAUGAUUUCAUGAUUUUACACCUUCCUCAUUCAAAUGAUUUUUGUUUUUUACAUUAGAUAGAUUUACGUCUUCAAAAACAUAUGUGCGGAUGAAUUGUGUGCAAAGGUUAUUUCCUCAUUGCAAUUGCGUGAUUUCCAUCGAUUGCUUCAGUAUCCGCCUGUUUAAUUCUCUGAUCAAUAAUACAAUGAAAAUAAAACAUCUACACGUAAGAUAUUGCUAGAUAGAGAUAGUAUCAUAAAGAUCUUACAAACUUAAUGGACUUCAUCCUACCCCCUACAUUAAUAAGAAGUGAAAGUGUAUAUGAACCGUGAAAAUAAUAUUUUCUCCUCCAUAUCCAAUCGUCCUUCAGCUGGAAUCUUUUACGUUUCGAUCCUUUAAAAGGUUGAUUCGUUACGUUUCUUUAGGAUAAAAUGAAAUUUGAAAUGACAUGUGAGAUAUGAUAUGUGACAAGCAAAUAGAAUAUAUUUGUGAUUGGUAAAAUCUAUCCGGAAAAUAUGAUCAUUGAAACUCUUUUGGAGAGUCGGUCGCCAUAGUAAACCGAACAAUAAUGGUUAUUUAUGAAAUAGUAAUGAAUAGAAUGACGAUUGGAGUGGCUGUCUCGAGGCGGAACAUUGCUCAAUAUAGUGGAAAGGAAACGCGGGUCGUCGCGAGGUACUGAUCUCGAAAGAAAACUCAGGAUAACAGAUUGUAACGAAAGAAAAAUGAAAAUUGCAAACUUAUGGGUCCCCGCGAACCUUUCAACGUUUCAUGCAUCGCUACCUGCUUCUCGAGACGCAGCUGCCUUCAAUGGCCAAUUCAAUGUUAUUUCAAAAAAUUUCGAUUCCAAUUACCCCGUGCAUCGCCCCGAUAUAUUGGUAAGUAAAAAAACUUCUUAAAGUUCUCGAC